AUGAUACGUAAGACUCCUGGGAUUCCCAAGGAAAAAGCAGGUGCUUUGUACUCUUUCUUGCGAGAAGGCAAGAAGCUGCUGCUGCCGUCUUAUAAUCGUAAAGGUAUUGGUGUAAAGACUGUUAAAUCCUACAAAACGACUGGUCACUGUGAUUUUCAGACUCCUUUUAGUUUUGGCAUGAAUCAUAGGACUCCACCCUACCCCACUGGGGAUUAUUGUCUUCUGUGCAGAAGUGAACGGAAAGACUCUUCAUUCUUAGAGAGUGGAAUUAAGACUGCGAGCAAAUUGGCCCUCUCCAUGGCUCCCAAGGGCAACAGCGUGCUGCACCUGCCGCUGUGGGUGUGCCCGGACUGUCGCAGGACGGUGGAGAAGGAGGAGAGGCACGGUGGCCUUGACCAGCCGGUGGGCCAAGAUUUUCUUCUUCACUCCCCGCUUGGUGGCUCCCAGCCAGAAGUCAGCAGUGGCGGAAGGCUAGCUCUGGGCGGGCAGACGCUGCCCUCGGAUGCGCCAUGCUCGUGCGAGGCCUGUAGUGAGCGCAGAGAUAUUUCAGCAGAGACAGACAGAGAACCUCAGCAACUGCAGAACUACUGGUCAGAAGUACGCUACAUGGUUCGCUGCAUAUACCGCCAGGCGGGGACCCCACUGGCAGAUGACCAAGAUCAGUCUCUGGUACCUGACAAGGAGGGAGUGAAGGAGCUCGUGGAUAGGCUCUGCGAGAGGGACCCCUACCAGCUGUACCAGCGAUUGGAGCAGCAAGCCCGAGAGUAUGUGCUAGAGAUGAAAGUCCGCCUGCUCCGGCAGCUGUCAGCCGCCGCGAAGGUGAAGGCGCCAUCUGGUCUGCAGGGCCCGCCACAGGCGCACCAGUUCAUCUCUCUCCUGCUCGAGGAGUAUGGUGCCCUCUGCCAGGCGGCACGCUCCAUCAGCACUUUCCUUGGCACUCUGGAAAAUGAACACUUGAAAAAGUUCCAGGUGACGUGGGAAUUGCAUAAUAAACACCUGUUUGAAAAUCUGGUCUUUUCGGAGCCACUACUCCAGAGCAACUUGCCUGCACUGGUUUCACAGAUCAG